AUCAUCACCUAUAAAAACGGCCUUCAAAUCUUUCAAUAUCUACGCUUUUUCGGAAGGAAUUCUCUUCAGCUCUUGCUACUUUACUUUUUCUGAGGUAGCGUUACUUUUCAUGCAUUUCUUCUGCAACUAAUCCGCGCCUAAUUUUAAUCUUUCUGAGAUACAUAUAAACAAGAAAGAGAUUAAUUGGUUGGAUAAUGGGGGGCGGAUCUGAAACUUUUCAUAUCGAAGAGGAGAAGGAAAAGCUCCAUUUAAAGGCCGAGAGCAAAAUUGAAAAGCCUGGUGAAGAAGUAGAAGAAAAGACUAAGGUGGAACUUGAAGUCGGAGCGAAAUCUGUGGUGCCAAAACAUGAAGACAAGAAAGAUGAAUCAAAAGCAAACAAGAAGGUGAAAAAAGAUGACAAGGAUAAAGAGAAGAAAUCCAAUGAGGAAAUGGAGAAAGAGAAAAGUGAGGUAGAAGAAGGUGAGGAGGGGAAGAGCAAAAAGAAAGAUAAAGAGAAACACACGAAGAAGGACAAAGAGGAGGAAGUUGAAGAGAAAAAGAAGGAUAAGGGAUUGAAGAAGAAAGACAAAUCCAAAGAGAGUGCAGGAGAAUCGAAUGACGAAGAAAAUGAAGGCGAAGAUGAUGAAAAAGAGAAGAGGAAGAAGAAGGAGAAGAAGCAUAAGAAAAACAAGCACAAGGAGGAGGACGUAGAAGCUGAAAAAGAAUUGGAAGGAGAUGGAUCCAAGAAAGAGAAGAAGAAAGGAAAGGGCAAAGAUGAGGAUAAGAAGGCGAAGAAAGAUUCGGAAGGGGAAGUGAGUGAAGAAGUCUCGGAUGAAAAGGGGUCGGAGGCGAAGAAGAAAAAGAAAAAAUGUGGCAAGGGCAAGGAAGAUAGUAAGAAAAAGAAAUCCAAAGGGAAAUCUGAUCAAGAAACAGAUGAGGUUGAAGAUGAAGUCGCCUCAAGGGGCCUUCACGUAGAAGGAAAUGGAGACAAGAAGCAGACGAAGGAUGAGAAGAAACAAAGAUUCAAAGAGAAGUACAACGCGAGGGACCUUGAUAAGCUGAGAAAGAAGCUGGACAAAAUCAACAAUAAGAUUGAGAGUCUUGUUGAGAAAAAGGAGGACAUCAUGAGACUUGUAAAGGAAGCCGAGGAUAAGAAAACUGUCGAUGCUAAGACGACGACCAAGGAUGCAGCUGGUGAUGAAGGCAAAGAAAAGCUAAAUACAGUUGAGGUUGCUUAGAAAAUGGUGUGCUUUUGUAAACUAUACUAUCGUAUCUGUAUUACUUAUUACAUGUCUUUUGUCAUUACGAGUGAUUUCGAUGUAUUUCUCUGUAUUUUCGACUUUUGGCAUUUUAUGUCUUGAAUACUUCCAUCUCCAUUGAUCUUGUGCUUGUUUUCAACAUUGCAAGAGAAAAUAAAGGCAAUCUUUUAUUUAUUA